AUGGGCAAUAUCCCAUUCACGGCGCGUUUUGAAACGAACAUUGCCAUACCUCCGCCUCAGGUCUCUGAAGACGCGCUGCCAGGUCAAGCAAGUCCUCGUACCGUCGUGGCGACCCAGCUCGAGGACUUGAAGAUCAGAGGCAGCAUCCCACCGCUCGACUUCGGCGUCAGUACCGACGCAGGCGGGGCAAAGGCCAAGAAGCGCGUGAAGCACAGCAGCGCCAGGGGAGCUGAAGACUUCAAAGAUAUAGAGAUACUUGGCUGGGAGCGAUCAUCCGUCAAAGCUAGUCACCUUCCCAUACGUAACGGAGCGGAGGAACGGCUGCCACUAUCAGCGACCUCAGUGCUCGAAAUCCAAGAAACGCCGCAGCCAGCACCACGUCUGCAGCCUGUGCAGCCCUCACGGACGCCCUCGCCAUUACCGCCGCCAAGCUUCGCGGACAUCGCGACCAUCAGACCGGCAACACCACCAGCAUCGCUGAAAUCACGAGCAGCACGCCGCAGAAUCGCCUCGCCCCCUCCUCCCUCUACCUCAUCCGCUCCAACCGCCUUCCCAACCACAACCACACCCACUAGCAUCGCGCUCACCUCGACAUCUCCCCCCACUUCCACAACCGCGCCCCUGCCGCCCACCUCCACAGGCUCCUCUCCCGUCUCCCAAACCUCCGAAACCUCCCAGACGUCUUCCUUGGACCCGACAUCCCUAACCUGGCAGGAUUCGGAAAUAACAGGCCACCUCAUUGAUCCCCGUCUCGAGCCUGAUGACGACGGCACGGGCCUGAACGGGGUCGGCUUCAAGCCCACCCCGGCGCUCGCCUACGCACGGGCUCAGAGACGGCGGCAGCAGGUGCUGGAGUGGCGGGCACGGGAGGCGAGGGAGGCGCGGCGGGUCAGAAAUGAGCGGCGGAAUAGGCAUGCGGGCCCGUUGGGCGACGGAAGGGGUGGAAGGGCCGGAAGUACGGAGAGGGCGGGGAGGGUGGUAAGGUUUGCGACGUAG